GUCACUUUUCUGAGUUACAAUUAAAUCUUUCUGAUUGCCUAUAGAAGGGGUGUAAAGAAUAGUAUAGAAGCCUGGAGCCCAUGGAGCCACCCUGGAAACAGUGAAGGACCCACCACAAUGCCUUUGCACAUGAAAAUGGAGCUUCAGAGGGCUGCUGGCAGAGCGCUUGGGCCACCACAGGUGCCUCUGACACGAGUGAUGCUGAGCUGGCCACGCCCACCCUGGCUGCAUCCACCCUGGCCACGCCCACCAGUCCUUCCCCCCACCCCCCUGAGGUCAAACACAAUCUUGAUCCGGCCCUCAAUGAAAUCAAGUUUGACAUCCCUGGCCUAUAUUAACCACGGUCUCCUCUUACCAUGUUUUUCUUUCAUCCACCACAUUUUCCCAGGAAGAAAUUUCUGAAACUCAAAAUAUUUAUAUAUUUGAAUAAGAUUUUAAACAAACCACAGCAGGUAUUUCUUUGUGUCAAAAUCUUCUUUUCAGUCAAUCUGACCCCUUUAGUCAAUUUAAAAGCUUUCCAAAAUCAACAUUAUCAUUAUUCUUUUUUUUAAAUUUCCAAAUUAAUUUUUUAAUAUCCAAAUUUUCAAAUUAUAACUAUCGUUAUAGAAAACAUCUGUUAGAAGCACUCUGAGAAAUCCCAAAACUUCUCCUUAAUCUAGAGAGGCAUUUGGGGAGCCAAUCCAUUCAUUGGUUGCACUUUCCACUAUGGCUACUGGUUUCAGUAAAAGUGAAGUUGUCUUCAAUCUGCCAUUGCUGCCCGAGAAAUGCAUCUCAGAAGGCAAUGCUGAGAAGGCGUUGAAGACCGGUUUAUAUCCCUGGGCCUUGGGUCCUAAGAGUGUGAAGGGCUCUAUUUCCUAAUUACGUUAACAUCUAUGGAUUAUAAUAUUUCUCAACUGUGAUAAGCACAACAUAUUCUCUCAGGCUGGCAAUAAAUAAAAAUAAAAAUAAUAUAUAUCUAGAAGUUCAAGCAGAUAAUAGUGCUGAACCAAGCUUAGCUGAUCUUUAAAGGCAAUGCAGGAGAACUCCUAGUUAAAAGCUGGCUGGGGUACCAAGAAACAACAGGGUUGUUAGGAUACAAAUUUGGGGAGCGGCAGGAGCAGAUAAGUUUUACAAUGUUGUCAAUAAAGCCUUGAUACUGGUAGAUGGAUCCAUAAAGUUGUUAGGGGGAAAAUAAAACUGAAGGGGAUUUAUGGAAGAUUUAUAGUAUGCAUCUAGAGCCAUGAUGGCAAACCUAAUGCAUGCAUGCCAGAGCUGGCAUGCAGAGCCCUCUCUGUGGGCACAUGCGCCAUCACCAGCUGCUCUUCUGGUUUCCAGUGCUCCGGCAUGCACGAAGACCAGCUGACUGGAGCACAUGUGUGUGCCGGGAACGCAAAGACUAGGUGGCCAGAAUGCAUGUGCACCCACCUGCUGAUUUUCGGGUUUCUGGUGCUCAGGCAUGUGUGCAUGUGUGCAUGUGCGUUCUGGUUUGGGCACUCAGCGGUGUGCAUGUGCAUUCCAGUUUUGGCAAUCGGUGUCAAAAAGGUUUGCCAUCACUGAUCUAGAGUAACUGAAAGAAUUUUUGAAAAAAAUAGAUAUCUGCUUAUGAGCGAUAUUACUGCUGUGACAGCAACAUGAAAAUGCCUUGGAGUCCAAAGGUUAUGAAUACAAUAUCAAAUAUCAAAUUCUACUUCCUUUUAGUCAACUGUCUAUCUUGAAUGGUAGAAGAGAAAGCAUCGGUGGACUUGAUAGUCUGAACGCUUCUGACAACAGAAGAAACAACUCUUAGAAAAAUAAGUUUGAAAUAUAUACCUGAAGAUGAACAAUUCAAUGAAGUUUGAAGAACAGACAGAAAAAAUUGUGGAAGCCUUGUUUACUACUCAUUGCAUAAAGAAGCCAAGAAGGUUAAAAGCAACUGGUCGAUGCCUGGAGCUCCACUCUGGAUAUGAAGUCCAAGCACAAGGUCCUUCUGCAAGCAAUUUUGAUCCAGUUGUUAUUGCCAAGUCAUUGCAGUCCAUAGGAGAUCAGUACAACGCAGAAAUCGAGCCCCAAGUACAGGCAGUUAUUGCAGAAGAAAGCGGAAAAAGGAUAAAGAAAUUCAAAGAAGAAGCAGGAUUUCUCAGCAGGGAUUGGAUCAGUCAUGUUCCUGGGCUAGAGCCUGAAAGAGCUUUUCUAGCUGUUGCUGUGAAGUUGUUUCAGAAACUUACAGAGAAAACUCAUGGAGAUAGGAGUCUGAUAAACAUACUUACAGAAACAAUCAAUGAAAAUCCUGAAGUGAGAGGCUAUAUUGAAAGGCAAGGUGGUUGGGGUAAUCUUGGUGUCUAAACAGCCCAUAGUUUCUUGGUUUCAAUAUGAAAAAUCCAUCUGCUAUUUUGGAGGAAAUGGAGCUGGAGAGUUGCUUCAAAACUGGAAAUGGAAUUGCAAAUGAAUUGAAAAGGCUAUAUACAAUUUUGUAUGUAUGAAACAAAAUAAAUUUAAUUAAUUUAAAAAGAAACUCAUAAUAACUUGGUUGUCAUUGCAAUUAAAUUGUCAGUCAAUGAAUUUCAUAGAUAAUUCCUGCAGCCACAAUUCCACACAAUACAUUGCACCAAUUUACAGUCCCCUGCUUAAGUAGAUCAUCAGUUCCUUGGUCCUAAUUAUUAAUAUAUUCCUGUUUCAUACAAAGGAAAUGUCUAUAUCUGGGAAGACUGGA